ACCGUCAUAGCUUGCACGGCGCACAGGUUGGCAGUGGCAGAAUCUCGCUCCAAUAUGCACAUCCGACAGACUGUCUCCUUGCUGCUGGCGCUCACGCUGACGCAGACCGCAGCACAGCGAUGUCUGUCAGUGCCGUGCGGGAAGCUGCAGUGUGCAAACGUGACCUGCGUAAUUGACUCGCAGGCGGACUGCAGAGAUGGAGAGACAUAUCUGUAUCCUGGCCUCGUGUGUGAGUGCUGUGGCGCAUGCGUCAGUCGCUCCGGUGAGAAGGGGGCCCAGUGUCCCACGAGGGUCCUUAACUCCCACGUUUCGGGUUGUAUCAGCGGACUCUGCUGCUCUCUGGAGGGUACCUGUGUUGAGAAGACAGUGCCAUUUGGAGCUUAGAGCACGGAACCCACUUCAUAUUAAAACAAACCUGUCAACACUGUAAUGUGUACAAAGUUAUUAAAUUAAUUAUCGUAAAUUUA